GCAAUAAACCGUUAACGGUCAUACUUAAACAUUUCUACAAGGAAAAAAAGAAAUUAUUUUUUAUUAUUUUUGAAGAUUUAGCUGCCUUAGCAGCCUUUAAAUGCCGCUAGCUUAGACGAAAAGGUGAACAAAGAGCCGUGAAUUAUUUAUAUAGAAGAAAACCGGGGCAAUGUCGGAGAAGAACAUCAAAGUGGGCGCCCGAGUCGAACUGACCGGUAAGGAUCUGUUCGGCACGGUCGCUUAUGUGGGCAUGACGAGCUUUGCCGUUGGCAAGUGGGUGGGCGUGGUACUAGAUGAACCGAAGGGCAAGAAUAGCGGAUCUAUUAAGGGUCAGCAAUAUUUCCAAUGUGAUGAAAAUUGCGGAAUGUUUGUGAGACCCACCCAGCUACGUGUAUUGGUACCAGCUCCAGGAUUAGCUGGUGGUAAAUCAUCCAGCGAGGAUGUUAGUGGAACACUUGCUACACCCACGCCCAUGGCCCAACCCACUAAGGCACGGCUGAGCGGAUCACGCACUUCACUCUCAUCCAGUCGCCAAUCAUUAUUAGGCUCUAGGACACAAUUGACCACAUCAUUAAACGAGAGAACCGGCUCCAGCACAAGCAUAGCGACCCGCAAAUCCUUAGUUCCCCAGAACAGUAAGGACAAGGAGACCUCAUCGUCAUCAUCUCUGGCAGAGGGCGCAGCAACAGCAGCAGCAGCUGGUGGAAAUGGAGGUAACGGUGGUUCUCACGCCUCUUCAAAGCGUGCUUCCUUUGUGGAGACUGGAUUCCUUGAGAUACUCAAGCCCCAGUUUACACCAUCGCAGCCUAUGCGUUCGCCCUCGUUCAGCAAUCCAGGUCAAUCCGGCGAGGACAAAGCCGCCCUUUUGGAGGCACAAAAAACCAGCGCCGAGUUGCAAACUCAGCUGGCCGAUCUCACCGAAAAACUGGAAACAUUGAAGCAACGCCGCCAAGAGGACAAGGAACGCUUGCGCGAAUUUGACAAAAUGAAAAUACAAUUUGAGCAAUUGCAAGAGUUCCGUACAAAGAUAAUGGCGGCUCAAGCCUCACUCCAAAAAGAAUUGCAACGUGCCAAACAAGAGACGAAAGAUGCCAUCGAGGCUAGAGAGCGUCAUGCCCAGGAAAUGGCUGAACUUUCCGACAACGUAGAGAUGAUCACUCUGGAUAAGGAAAUGGCUGAAGAAAAGGCGGAUACCUUGCAAUUGGAGCUAGAAGCCCUAAAGGAACGCAACGAGGAACUGCAAGUAGAUUUAGAUCUGUUGCGUUCCGAAAUGCAAAAUAAGGCGGAGACAUCUAUUGGCAACAUUGCCACCGAGGGAUCCGCUGGCAUGUCCACCUAUGAAUUCAAGCAAUUGGAACAGCAGAAUAUUCGUCUGAAGGAGACUUUGGUACGUCUGCGAGAUCUUUCCGCCCAUGAUAAGCAUGAUAUACAAAAGUUGAGCAAAGAAUUGGAUAUGAAGCGUUCCGAAGUAGCCGAAUUGGAGCGUACCAAAGAGAAAUUGAGCGCUAAAAUCGAUGAACUGGAGGCCACAGUCGCCGACUUGCAGGAACAAGUUGAUGCCGCACUUGGAGCCGAAGAGAUGGUCGAACAAUUAGCUGAACAGAAAGUGGAAUUGGAGGACAAAGUGAAAUUGCUGGAAGAGGAAAUCUCUCAAUUGGAGGCCCUGGAAGAGGUGCACGAACAACUGGUGGAGAGUAAUCAUGAAUUGGAAUUGGAUUUACGCGAAGAGCUUGAAAUGGCCAAUGCGGCCAAGAAGGAUGUAUUGCGUGAUCGUGAUGCAGCCAUUGAGACUAUAUAUGAUCGCGAUCAAACAAUAACCAAAUUCCGUGAAUUGGUGCAAAAGUUAAAUGAACAAUUGUUGGAAUUGCGUGAGCGUAGCUCAACCAAUGAGCAAAAAUCCCUUCAAGAUCCGAGCCUCAAAUUGGCAAGCGAAACAAUUGAUUAUAAGCAAAUGUUUGCCGAAUCGAAGGCCUAUACCAGAGCCAUCGAUGUGCAAUUGCGUCAAAUUGAGCUGAGCCAGGCCAAUGAACAUGUCCAAAUGCUAACAGCCUUUAUGCCUGAAUCAUUUAUGAAUCGCGGCGGUGAUCAUGAUUCUAUAUUAGUUAUACUCCUAAUAUCACGCAUCGUUUUCAAAUGCGGCAUUGUUGUCUCCCAGACACGAGAACGUUUCCCGGCCGUUGAGGCGGUUACAAGGGAGGCUGUCACCCAGGGACACACUGUCCAGCAAUAUGCAUUCAAAUGUCGCCUCAUGCACUAUAUACACAAUUUGCAGUGUGCUCUACAUCAGAUCCUAUAUGGUUUGAAUAGCUGCCAGCCAGAUACACUAUUGCGUGCAGGUAGUUCGCUACCCGAAAUGAUUGCCCAAGAGAAGAUUGUUGAUGGCAUUAUUGAAUUGCUGAAAUCCAAUCAAUUGGAUGAGAAUAGCACAACCGAUAAUAUUGAGAAAUGUGUGGCCUUCUUUAAUGCCAUGAAUUCGGUUCUUUUGGCUGGCGAGCAGCUAUUGAAUGAGACACAAAUGAUACGAGAUUGUGUAGCCUCUUUGAGUGCGGCAUGUGAAUCCAUAUUGAAUGAUACGGCCAUUGCAAAGGUCAUUAUCGAAGAGGCUGGCAGCACAAGUGACUCUAUGCUGCUCAUUCAGUUCCUUAACGAGCAUAUGGAGAGCAUUAAGCAGCAGGUGAAAUUAAUCAAACGUCGCCUACCCACAGAUCAGCAUGUGAUUAAGGUGGGUCUCUCCCAGCACAAGGUCGAUGCCAUUCGUGUAUUGGCCCAAAAUAUCAGUCGCAUAAUGUCGACCAUGCAUCAGGCCUCGAAACAAUCUCUGGCUGCAAUUGUCUCCAACAUUGAGAGUGAUAAUGCAGCCGAGCACACUAUACCUCAGGAUAAAUAUUGGUCUCUAUUAUCAGCUGCUUGUGAACGUAUUUAUGAGCAGGACGAUCGCGGUCCUACACACAAUUUCAAAGCACUCCUCGCCCAGGCAAAUUCGGACCUACAGCAUAUAGCCCAACAUUUGCUGGACAAGGAAUAUGAGAUUAUAUCGGCUGCAAAUGCUCUGCAGCAGCAGCAACAGCAACAGGUACCCGGUGGACAGCAACAGCGUCCAAAUUCAUUGAGUACUCCCAUCAAUCAGAGGGCGCAGCUCAUUAAAAAGCAAUUGGAACAAAAGAACAUUUUGGCUGCCACAUUGGAGAAUCGUGAAGCGGAUAUUAAGCAACUUAAAUUGGCUGCCAAGAUGAAACAGAAUGAACUGAGUGAAAUGCAAAUACGCAAAGAUUUGGCCGAAAAGAAAUUGAGUGUCCUUCAGGGUGAAUAUGAACAUGCUGUCGAUAAAUGGAAAUUGCAAUAUGAGGAGACACGCCAGCAAUUGCAAUUGAAAGAAAAAGAAUUUGAGGAGACAAUGGAUCAUCUUCAAAGUGAUAUCGAUGCAUUGGAGAGUGAGAAAAUCGAUUUGAGGGAUAAAUUGAAAUUGAAUACAAGUUCAGGGAAAAAUCAAUCAUCCGAUUCGCAUUCUUCGCAUAAUCUAUCAACAACGGCCGCCCAUUCCACUGGAGUGGGUGGUGGUGGCAGUGCCAAUGUCAGUUACUCUGCACCAGCUGGAACCGCUCCCCUAGUGGCUGAGGAAGUUCAGCUCCUUAAGUGCGCCUUCAAUCAGGAGCGUAACGAGAGAUUGCGCCUACAAGCCCAAGAUAUGCGUGCUAAACUUCAACAAUUCGAGCCCCUGCAUGUACCACAGCCUCAGGAUCAAAAGAUAAAUGCUUUGGAAUCGGAACUAACCAAAAUGAAGCACGCCUGGGUGUUAUCCCUCCUACAAGUGCAGGCCAAUGGCAUCCAAUCUGGCAAUAUCGAUGCCAUAGCCCUUCAGCGUCGUCAUCAACCAGUGCCGGCCAAAGCGAUGAUCAGUUCGAAGGCUUCUCAACUGGCUUCCGACAUCCUAUCAGAAUAUUUGCAUAGGAAACCGCAUCGGGCGGCUCGUGGACAAUUCGCGGCCUUCCCCACCGUCGAUGUGAAGCGUGUGCUGCAGAUAUAAAGAUUGAAAACCAGGGCAAUAAUUUAGUAUAGCAAAUCGCACAAAAAUGUUUAUGUUAUGUUGCAAAUGGCAUCACAAAUGCUUCUCUGGGCCCCGGAAUCCCCCCUCCUCCCUUGCAGCAGCUAAUAUUUUGUCUCUAGCGCACCAAAACCAAGAAAAAAUAUUUAAUUGUUCUUUGGAAUAUUGUGUUU